AUGCCGACAGUUUUUGUAGUUGGCGGACCUGCUGGAACUGGAAAAACCACUACAGGCACCAUGCUUGCAUUCAAGCUUCAUUGUCCUUAUAUAGAGGGUGAUUCGCUUCAUCCCAAAGCAAACAUUGAAAAGAUGUCUGAAGGCAUACCGUUGACCGAUGAUGACAGAUGGGGGUGGUUAAAGCGAUUGAGUGAGAUAGCAAGCAAAAAAGCAUCGGAAGAUAGCACUGGUUGUGCUGUGGUUUCAUGCUCCAUGUUAAAGAGAUCAUACAGAAAGUACAUCAAGGAAUGCUCCUCUUGCCCUUGCUCAUUCCGAUUCAUAUUUCUUUACACUUCGUAUGAGGAGCUUAUUAAAAGAGUAUCACAUAGGCAUGGUCACUACAUGAAAUCAGAUAUGGUCAAAUCACAGUACGAUAUUAUGGAAAUACCCAGCAAUAAGGAGCUUAUUGCUAACGGAGGAGAUGCUGUAGCUGUAAAUGCCACCAAUCAACUGCCCGAGGAAGUGUUUGAAGACGUCCUCGGACUUCUUGAUCUCUAA